CGAAUUAAGUUUUGCAAAAGUAAUUUAGUUCUUGAUCAAAGUUUGGACUUCCUUGAGUCAAGCUCUCACAGGAGAGAUUAGAAGAUUUUCUAUUGACGUAGCUACAAAAGAUUACAGCUGCUCAGCAAUUAUGUUUUCGUAGUUCCGUACAUUGUCAUAUUUAGUCCAUAUGAAGUGAUUUAUUGCUGCUGUAAGCACACGUAAAUAAGCUUUGAAAAUACAUUGCAUAUGACGUACCUACAAAAGGUCAUACACCAUAUUUACGGUAUUGUUUUCACUAUGUGGGGUUCAGACUUUAGGUCUAAACUCUCAAACUAUUGCUAAGAUGAAUGUUUCUACAGUGUUUAUUUCAUUCAGGUGUCAGUUUCAGUCCAUAUUUUGUUUCCCAGUACAGGACUUAAUAACCAUGGAUACCAUCUUUCCUACCCUGGCUUGUUACCUUCUGGUCCUUUCUUUGGCUGUGGCACAAAUAGAUCAUGGGAAUACGACUGUCACACCUACAAUAACAGCCCCAGACUUAAACCUGACACACACGACUACAAUGGUAACUCUACCUAACUCGACUGUGCAUGCAACUGUAAUCUCAAACUUGACUGAGAACACGACUCCAUUCACCAACAUGACCCCUGGCAAUGAAACAUUUACCAAUACUACAACAGCUGCAGCUGAGAGCACAAGUCAACCCCAGACUUCUCAGUCAACAACCAUCAUGACUCCUCUGACAAACAGUACGUCACCAAAGACCUCGGCACCUGGCACUCACACUCCAACAUCGACUGCAAUGACAACGUCAGCCAUGCAGACCACAGGGGGUUUCACAAAUACAUCUGACAGUACGGUAUUUACAACUGCAAAUUCAUCUCACACUGUCAACACAACCACAGAGUCACUGGACAGAACCACACAAGCUUUGCGACUAAACAGCUCAGAAAAGAAUAUGACCAUUCUGUUCAGCGUUUUUCUUGGAGUGUUUGCGAUGUCAUUGGUUGUGCUCAUGUUUUACAAAUGCAAACACAAAAUCCAAUACUUGCAUCAACCUCUUAACAACACUGAUGACACGGAUGCGUUUGUGGCAGAUGAUGACACGCUCGUAAUUUCCGGAGGACUUUAUGAUGGCCAUCCAAUAUACGACAAUGUACCAACAGCCUCAGCAGACCAAUCUCAAUUCCGCCUCCAGUUCCUUCAUUAAGGAGAGAGCGUUCCUACAAUUUGAGAUCACCUUUGGUGCUCAACAGG